AUGUCAGGCGCCCGCCGGAUCGUCAUCAAGAAUUUCCGCCAGAGCCCUACCAGGGCUGCUGACGUUGAGGACUACUACAAGAGGACAUGGGCAGAUGUCGAGGAUGCGCUCACGUCCAUCCUCGCGGGAGAUCGGCCGCGGGUGCCCUUGGAGCGUGUGUACCGAGGCGUCGAGGACCUGUGCAGACAUAAUGAGGGGGAGAAGCUUUAUGCCAUGCUCAAACUCCGUUGUGAAGAGCACCUGAACUACCAGGUCCUGAGCAAGAUAAACGACGGAGCGUAUAUGUCCGACGUGGGCAUCUUGAUGCGUGUCUGGACCCAAUGGUCCAUUUUCAACAAGCCUCUGAUCACCGUACGCUCCGCCUUCAGCUUUCUCGACCGGUCCUUUCUGCUGAACAGCAAAAAACACCCCUCGAUCAACGACCUCCUCCUUUCCCUCUACCGGAAGAUGGUAUUUGGGCCGGAGCGUGGUGGUGAGUCCUUUUCUGGACACAAGGUGAUAUCUGGGCUUUGUCAAUUAGUAGAUUUCGACCGACGAGGUGAUCCUGCCGCAGACCCGACGCUGUUACACAACUCUAUCAACAUGCUCAAGGUGCUCGGUGUUUACGGAUCCAAGUUCGAGCGCACAUUCCUUUUGGAAUCAGAUAAGUAUUUCCGCGAGUUUGCCGCAGACCAGUCCGAGCAUGGGCUGAAGAACUACAUCUCGGUAUGCGAGAGGUUGCUGAAGCAGGAGGAUGACCGCUGCAACCUCUUCAACUUCGACAGUACCACCAAGAUCCUGCUUCUCGAGAAUGCGCAUAACGUGCUCAUUCGGGAUUACUCGUCCCUGCUCCUGAACAAGGGCGAUGUCGCCAGGCUGCUGGAGCAGAAUCAAGUCGAGUCGAUGAGAGCGCUCUACAUGCUAUUGGGGCUAUCAAAGCUGCAGAAGAACCUGAAGGGGCCAUUUGAGGACUAUAUCCUACAGGCCGGUGCACUCAUCGUGAACGAUACCGACAAUGGCGAUGAGAUGGUCAUCCGGCUCCUAGAGUUCAGGCGCACCUUGGACACGAUGAUCCGGGACGCCUUUAGUGGCGACGUCACCUUUACCUAUGGGCUCAGAGACGCAUUCGUCCAGUUUAUCAAUGACAGGAAGAACUCCUCGACAGGGGGUACCGGCACGUCCAGGGUCGGAGAAAUGAUCGCCAAGCAUGUCGACCUGCUGCUACGAGGAGGGAUCAAGGCCCUGCCAAAAUCGCUGCUCUCGGACAGCAGAGAUAAGAGCGAGGCCGAGAAGAGCGGACAGGCGAGCACAGGCGAUGAGGAUGCAGAGCUAGACCGGCAGCUGGACCAGGCACUGGAGCUUUUCCGCUUUAUACAAGGAAAGGACGUCUUCGAGGCCUUCUACAAGAAGGACCUGGCUCGCAGGCUACUCAUGAACCGCAGUGCUAGCCAGGAUGCCGAGCGGAACAUGCUCUCAAAGCUCAAGAGCGAGUGCGGCUCGAACUUCACCCACAACCUCGAGCAGAUGUUUAAGGACAUGGAGCUCGCCAAGGAUGAAAUGGCAAACUACAAGGCAUGGUCCGAAGGGUCUGGCAAGGACAGCGGCGGGCUUGAUCUCAGCGUCAGCAUCCUGUCGCAGGCUGCAUGGCCGUCCUACCCAGAUGUGAAGAUGCUUGUACCUCGUGACGUUGCCCAGAAGAUCGACCGCUUCGACUCGUACUACAAGAACAAACAUACGGGUCGCAAGUUGCUCUGGAAACACAACCUGGCGCAUUGUGUCGUCAAGGCCUCCUUCGCCAAGGGGACAAAGGAGCUCCUGGUCAGCUCGAUGCAGGCGACGGUGCUGGUACUGUUCAACGAGGUAUCUGACGGGCCCUUGAGCACCGAGCAGAUCUCGACGUCGACUGGCCUUCAAGGCGGUGAUCUGGAGCGCACACUCCAGUCGCUGGCCUGCGGCAAGAUACGGCCGCUGAUCAAAUCGCCCAAGGGCAAAGAAAUCAAACCGGACGACACUUAUGUCGUCAACAAGACUUUUACGGAUCCCAAGUACCGGAUCAAGAUCAACCAGAUCCAGCUGAAGGAGACCAAGGCCGAGAACAAGGAGACGCACGAGCGGGUCGCGGCUGAUAGGCAGUUCGAGACGCAGGCAGCCAUCGUCCGGAUCAUGAAGAGUCGUAAGACGAUGACGCACCCGCAGCUUGUUGCCGAAGUCAUCAACCAGACGAGGAGCAGGGGCGCGAUGGACCCGGCCGAUAUCAAGCUGAACAUAGAGAAGCUCAUUGAGAAGGAAUAUAUUGAGCGAGAGGACGGCAAGUAUACUUACCUGGCCUAA